CGCGGGGGCGGUGGGCACAGGUGAUGACGUCACGCCCUCAACAGCGGCUCCAAGUUUCGCAUCCGGUUGAAGAUAGUAUUAUUAGCCUUAAGAUAAAGCGUUACGUUUCUAUAAUCUCGAUCUGUCAGCGGCCUCACCGACCUCACGGAUGUGUCUUAAUCGGGGUUCGUGUUUUCACAGCAUUAUACUUCUCACAGACGGAUGUCAACAAAGUCGCUGAUUAGAGAUGUCCAGCUAGCGAAUGCUAACAAACAGCCCGUUCGCCGCGGUAUUUUACAUGUUGAGACUCAAACCUCGUGGCUGCUGUUAACCUUCCCAUCGAGCCGGUUUGGGGAAGUGUGUUUAUCCCUCUCAUCUCCUGCGAGAUGGGCAGUCAUUUCCGCAGCUACGUCUGGGAUCCAGUCCUCAUUAUCUCCCAGAUUAUUCUCAUGCAGUGCAUCUAUUACAGCUUCUUGGGUCUGUGGUUGGCUGGCGUUGAUGGUUUGGUCCACACCAGUAGAUCACUCGACCAGAUAUUCAGUUACGAGGUUCUUGGCUUUUCAACAACACAAGGUCGUUUGUCUAUGAUGGCGUUCAUUCUGAAUUCUCUCACAUGUGCUCUUGGCCUGUGGUUUUUCAUCCGACGGGGAAAGCAGUGUCUGGACUUCACCGUGACGGUGCAUUUCUUUCACGUGAUCGGCUGCUGGAUCUAUAACACCCAUCUCAAAGCCGCCCUGUCGUGGUGGUUGGUUAACGUGGCCUGCAUGGCCCUCAUGGCGGUCAUCGGCGAGUAUUUGUGCAUGCGGACAGAGCUCAGAGCCAUCCCUGUCAACACGGCACCCAAAUCCAACCUAUGAGGACUGUUUAGAGACAGAUGUGCCACAGCUGGUGUGCACGAGGUUGCACAUCAGCAGGACUGACGUGUUUACAGAUGCUGCUGUGGUUUUCUGAGAGACUGAGCAGAAGUAACUUGAUGUUUUGGUCACGUCACUGUAUUUAAUCCGGAUGACGUUGAGAUGGUUAUGCUGCAUCGCAUGAUAAUCCUGCGACUUCCCUCAGUCAGCAUUAUGAUGGCAUUCCCAUCAUUUCAAAAUUACUAUUGUAAUUAUUCUUAUUUAGGACCAACACUUUAUCAUUCGUGGAUGGCUACUGAAAAUAUGAAAGUGGUGGUCUGUUUUAAAAGCCCAGAAAGCAUCGUGUCUAAAUCUUAAUCUAAAUAAAAAUGCUAUGUAUUUCUGAAUAUUUGGAUAAUGGUUCCUGUUGCUUUGGAAAGAAAUAAGAUAUUAAGCAGUUUCCCUGUUUUAUCAAGUCAUCCUCUUACAAAUACCAAUAGCAGACUUUCAUUGAACUUGGAUGUAGUUUCUUAAACGAUUUUCAGUGAACAUGAAAUCAAAACUGACUCUAUUUGCUUUCUCAAUUCAUGUUCUUGUUGAGCAUGUUAUUCCAAAGUGAAAAGUCAUUGAAUAUCCUAUUUCUCUCAGAUAUCUCACAUUAAGGAAAUAAAAUGGGUUGCUAAUAAUGUGUCAUGUUUACUCUAAUGUAUUUUGCAUUCAGUUUUGACCCACAUGCCCAUCAGAUACGAUCAGUAUCUUUCAAGAUUUGUUUGCAAUGAGUAUUUGAGUGAGAUAUGAACCUAAAACUUUUUGUGAAGAUAUGAGGUAAAUCAAAUAAACUAGAUUUUUCACUUAUUCUGCAAUAAAUCUGAAUCUGCGAUAUCAAAUAACAGAAGUGUGAGUUUUGGUUUCAUAAAAAGUGUAUUCAAAUGAUUUGUCAGAAUAAAACUAUAUUCUGCAAAGUGA